UGACGAUAGUGUUAUUCGUGGCCGCCGCCCGAUAGUUCCCAAUUCGGCCAUCAUACAACACUUACCUUACUCAAUCAAUCCGAAGGCCCUUAACAAGCAGGCUGAAGAUGGUGGUAAUCCUCCUCAUUUUAACAAGUUUCCUUUCGAUGAGCUGUUGGAAUGAGAUAUCUGGCUUACAAAUGAUCACUCAGCCGAAUAAAACAAUCGUUUCCUUCAUUGGAUCUAAUCAAACAUUUGUCUGGAAUUUCGUUCUCACUGAGGAAGAGAAAGCAAAGGAAUUGAAAGUUACCUUUGGUCACUGGAGCAAAGAAUACAGCAUGGUUUUGGGCGACCACUUGGUAACAUUUGUUCAAAAUUCGACAGCGAACGAAAGAGUGUAUAAAGGAAAUGCCUCAAUUGCAAGGCGUUUAAAUUGGGUGGGAGACAUGGAACGUGGCUUUGUGGCUUUCCAACUGAAUAAUGUUCAAGCACACGAUUCUUCAGAUUAUGGGAUCAGGUUCCGCGUUGAUGGUUUUCCUCCAGAGACGGAAGAAAGUGGAUUUACACUCUCUACGCAGGAUCCAACUCCAUCACCAACCACGCCACCAGAACCUGAAAAUAUAACCGUCAAGAUUGAGGAGGGUAAAACACUCAACAUCACCUGCCGUUUCAUAAUGGAGCCGGAAAGUUCAUCUGUCAUAUGGCUGAAAGAUAAUCGGCCCAUCAAGAAAGCCUCACGGAGCAGAUUCCUCUUCAUUCAAAGUAUAAAAAGAUCGCAAGCAGGAGACUAUAAGUGCGUCUCACUGUCCCCUCACAGAAAUUACAGCUCACCUUUCACCGCUGUCGAUGUUUUAUAUGCACCGAAAAUACUCAAAACUAAUAAACAAGUGUCCGUAAAGUUAACGAGGGGAGACUCAAUCACGCUCAAGUGUGCUGCUGAUGCAAAUCCUCAGCCAGCGUUUACUUGGCUCACGCAGGGUGCAGAGAUCAAACAAGGCUCAUACACCUCCAACUCAAGUUCCUUAGUAGUCACUCCCAUAAAUGACGGGGACUUUACAAGUUACGUCUGUAUAGCAAACAACGAGAUAGGAAUUGACUCGGUGACGUUUAUGGUGAACGAAAAGGAACAACACGAAAAUCCCGAAACAGGUGCCUCGGAAAAUAUUAACACAGGGGACAAAGAGACACUUACCAAAUACCUGUCUAUAACAGCGGCCUUAGCCGUGAUUACCAUUUUCGCGUUUCUCAUCCAACGACAUGUGGCUAAAAGAACCAGAGGAAACAACAAUCAACGAGGAUGUGAAGAAGCCGAUGAGAACCACAUAGAGUCCUCGCAAGCUAAUGAACUUGUUCGACAUGGAGCUUACAACUUAUCGUUCCCCGGUGAUCCUGAAUGGGAAAUACCGCGAGCAAGGUUGAAUGUAGAGAAAAUUAUUGGGCGUGGUGCAUUUGGCGUGGUGUCAAGAGGCUUGGCGCUGGAUUUGCCAGGAAAACCAGGAUGGACUGUUGUAGCGGUGAAGAGCGUUCAAGAUGAUGCUUCAGAAAAAGAGAAGUUAGACCUGUUGUCAGAGAUGUCAGUCCUUAAGCACCUUGAUCCUCAUCCUCACGUCAUUCGCCUGUACGGCUGUGUUACUACUGAAGCACGGCCGCUCGUAGUGGUCGAGUAUGCGCAGUAUGGUGACUUGCUUGGGUACCUGAGGAAGAGCAGAGGAGUCCGAGAUAACUACUACAGUGAUCCUUCGGUAGAGCCCCGCACCAGCCUCACUUCCAAGCAGCUACUUAGGUUCGCAUGGCAGAUCAGUGAUGGAAUGGACUACUUGUCCAAGAGAAAGAUCAUUCAUCGCGACUUGGCGGCGAGAAAUGUUUUGGUUGGUGACGAAGACGUUUGCAAAAUCACGGAUUUUGGAAUGGCCAGAGAUGUCUGGGAAGAAGACAUAUAUGUGCGAACCCACGAGGGCCGUCUUCCGAUUAAGUGGACGGCAGCUGAGGCUCUGUUUGGAGAUGGUGCAUAUACUACUCAGAGUGAUGUGUGGAGCUUUGGUGUGGUGAUGUACGAGAUCUUCACCGUAGGUGGGGACCCGUUCCCUGGGGUGUAUAUGAGAGAUAUCCCCGCGCUGUUGAGGAAUGGGUUCAGGAUGUCACGCCCAAAAUUUGUCAGUGCAACGCUGUGAGUAGCUGUCAUUGUAAAACA